UGUUUUUUGAAAUAAAAAAAUAUAACAAUCAAUGAAAAUGUUGUUUGCAUUGAAUGGUUGGCGACUACAACAACAACAGUGGACAACAAUUGGCCGUCAAUUGUGUCGACAAUUGAGACGACAACGACAUAAUCGGCAACUGAUGAUUGCCGGCGGCGACAGUGGACAUCACUAUAGCCGAAAACAACAAUUGAGACCACAAUCGACGUGCAUAUCGUCACCGACGCCGCCGUCGCCGACAAAUAAGCCGUUCAUACAGUGCAAGCCGUCGGCGGCGGCAAUCCUGCCGAAGAGAUUGAACAUCAAGAAUGCAUUGAUUACCGAACCAUCCGGCGACCAAUUGGUGGCCAUUUCGGGUUGGAUCAGAUUUGUCCGCAAACAGCGUCCAGUAUUCAUACACAUCAACGACGGAUCCGAUCGUCGAAAUCUUCAAGUGGUUAUCAGCGGUAAAGAUGUUAUUAAAAAUUUGACAAUCAAAGACCUACAUCACGGCUGUUGUGUCCGCUGUGUCGGUCAUCUGAUGCCGAGUCCGGGACCCAAACAGCCGACAGAACUGUUGUGUCAGUCACUGGAGAUUGUGGGCGCGUGUGAUCCUCUGGAGUAUCCGUUUGUCGACAAAGGUCUAACUCAUGAUACAACUGCCGCCUAUUGUCGCCAAUAUCCGCAUCUUCGGCAACGACUAUCCAUUUAUCAAUCGUUGGCCAGAAUCCGAAGCGAAGCCCAGAACGCUGUCCAUAUGUAUUGCAAACAAAACGAUUUCAUACAGACAACCGCUCCGCUCAUCACAUCCAACGACUGUGAAGGCGGUGGACAUGUCUUCUCAAUUAAAUCUCCAUAUUGUAAUCAAGACAACCAAUACUACUUUGAUAGACAAACAUAUCUAACAGUUUCGUCACAAUUACAUUUAGAAGCUAUGGCCCGGUCACUGAGUCGGGUCUACACUAUUAGCCAGUGUUUCAGAGCCGAGCGAUCGCUAUCCAGACGACAUUUGGCAGAGUUUUUGAUGUUUGAAGCGGAAGAAGCGUUUGUCGAUACUGUCGAUGAACUGAUGGACAGAGUGGAGACUGUCUGCAAGUUUAUAGCCUAUUAUUUAAGUAAUCAGUGUACCGAUGACUUCAACUAUUUGAUCAAAGAAACCAAUUAUGAAUAUUUUGAUAAUUUUUUACAAAAACGUUAUGUCAGGAUGACAUAUAACGAUGCCAUUGAUGUACUAACUAAAUGUCCAAAAUAUGCGACAACUUUAAAAAGUGGACACAAUUUGAGUGCCGAACACGAAAGAUAUUUAGUCGACUAUAGCGGUAAUGUUCCCGUAUUUGUCACUCAUUUUCCCGCUAAUGUCAAACCAUUUUAUAUGAAACAAUCGGAUGGAAAGGCUCUAUGUUUUGAUUUAUUGUCUCCAAUUUCUGGCGAAAUAUGUGGCGGAAGUCUACGUGAAGAUGAUUACAAAGUGCUCGACAAUCGUCUAAUAGAUCUCAAUUUAAAAGACAAUUUUGAUUGGUAUUUAGAUUUAAGGCGUUUCGGUAAUACUAUUACCGGUGGUUUCGGUAUCGGUUUCGAUAGACUUAUCCAAACGUUAACCGGUAUUCAAAAUAUAAGAGAUGUGACAACAUUUCCCCGAUAUUGGCAUAACUGUCAACUGUAGUAGUAGUAGUAGUAGU